CCGGAACUCGAAAAAACUCAACUGGUUUAGAAAUAAAGCUGCAUCUAUAUUUUUUCUUCUUUUUUUUCUUAUCCAUAAAGAACUAUUUUAUCACAUAACGAAAUGGUAGAGACUAAAACGAACACAAUGAAGUAUGAAUUUGAUUCUGUCAAGGAGGCACUCGAAGACUUUGCUGCCAACAAGUUUGUCAUCGUCAUGGAUAAUGAAGAUCGCGAGAACGAGGGUGAUUUGAUUAUUGCUGCAGAAAAAAUUACCACAAAGCAAAUGGCAUUUUUGAUUCGUUACUCCAGUGGAUAUAUAUGCGCUCCUACCACAGGCGAACGUUUAGAUGAAUUACAGUUGCCAUUGAUGGUGGAAAGAAAUACAGAGUUAAUGAGAACAGCAUAUACCGUAUCUUGUGAUUAUGCUCAUGGCACCACCACAGGUAUCUCAGCUCACGAUCGUGCCUUGACCUGUCGUAAAUUGGCCGAUCCCACAAGUAGGCCAGAGGAUUUCAUGCGUCCCGGUCACAUCUUGCCUCUUCGCUCCGUGCCUAACGGAACCUUCGAACGUUUUGGUCAUACUGAAGCUGGUGUCGAUCUUUGCAAGUUAGCCGGUGUCGCUCCUGUUGCAUGUAUUGGUGAGAUCAUUAAAGAGGAUGAUGAUGAAGGUGAUAUGGCAAGACGGGAUGACUGUUUCGCUUUUGCAAAGAAGCACAAUAUCAAAAUGAUUACCAUCCAAGAUAUCAUUGCCUAUAGAAAGUUAACCACUGCAUAGACUACCCUAAAAAAAACAAAUUCCCUUUAAUAUGUACAUACACUUUUUUUUUAUGAUAAAAAAUUGGGAUUUAUUUAUUGAACUCAAAUGGUUAAAAAUUCAUAUAUAUUACUGUCUUCCGUCUUGGAUUAACAACAGCUGGAUUUCGAAGUGGUGACUCAACAUCAAUGUCUUUCUGCAAAUGACUGAUGUCCAAGCAUGGCGCCAUGUCACACCUUCCUCUUUUAGGAAGACUCAUUUUCAUUUAAACAUUGAAACACAACACCGCCUAAUUAUUUUUUAAUUGGCCAAUUCGCGCUCGAUUGGUUUGGGAUUCUUUCACUUGUCUAUUGCUUAAUUGACUGUGCAUUUUGAAAGAUAUUACUGUAUACUGAAAUAAUUGCAGCCCCAAAUUAAUA